AUGAGCGACUCUGAGGAAGCUAGGGCACGUUCUAGUCGGAGCGAUGGAGUUUUAGAUCCUUCUGUCGCUGCUGCUAUACAGUCUGCCGUUUCUGAAUCGAUGGGUUCUUUAGCCGAUAACCUCACUAAGGUUAUUGAAUCUAAGCUUAGCGAUUUCGCGAAGCGAUUUUCCGAGGAGAACAGCUCGUCCGUUGAUCAAGCAGUCAAGAGAGCUCGGCGCGAACAAUAUACCUGCAAAAGGAAAGGAAACCAGCAGCAGUUGGAUCAUUCCCUCCAGGUGAUGGAUAAACUAGACGAAGCAUCCGACGCUCUCAAGCAGAAAUUGUACGAGAAAGUUAAAUUUGCCCUGGAGUCAGGUACUGAAUUAGUUUCCAAGCGUGUUAAAGGCAUUAAGCCAGCUGACGAGAGCGGAUGUGGAUGGGCGACUGUUAACGAAUAUUUGUCUGACGAACUCGCGUCUGACUCCGACGACGAGAAGAGAAUUUACCGGGCCGAGAGGAGAGCCGGGAGAAAAACCAAUAAAGUGUAUGGGCGGCCGUCACCACCAAAAAAUACAAGGAUGUCAAAUAGAUCAGCAAAUACAAAGCUGGUCUAAGGAUCGGCUGCAGGAUAGCAUAGCUAAUAAAGGAAUGGCGUGGCCAAAUUAUAGACGGUUUAGUUUUCCUUCAUGAAACAGAACACCCUAAACAUGGAUAGUUUAGCCAAUUGAUAAACGGUCUAGUUGCCUAUGUCGAGUUGGAACAUGAAAUUAUGAAAUGGACUAGCUCAAUUGCGAAUAGCUUAGCACUCUUUUGCAAUACAGUACACAAACGGUGUAGCGUUGAGUCAAAUGGCUCAGCGUAAUGUCGAAUUGUUCAGUGUGCACACAUACGGUGUAGCGUUGCGUGAAAUGGCUCAGCGCAAUGUCGAAUAGUACAGUGCACAUACCAAACGGUGUGGCGUUGCUUGAAAUAGCUCAGGGUAAUGUCGAAUAGCACAGCGUACGCACAAACGGUGUAGCGUUGCGUGAAAUGGCUCAGCGUAAUGUCGAAUGGUACAGCGUACAUACAAACAGUGUAGCGUUGCGUGAAAUGGCUCAGCGUAAUGUCGAGUGGUACAGCGUACACAAAAACGGUAUAUUCGCUGUGCUAUCCUGCAGCCUAUCCUUAGACCAGCUUUGUAUUUGCUGAUUUAUUUGACAUCCUUGUAUUUUUGGUGGUGACGGCGCCCAUAAUAAAGAGAAGCGUCGUCGUGUCCGUUCUGACGAGAAAGGAAGUGGUUCCUUCUCUGUAUUUCGCGCGGCUUCUUCGUCGAGAUUCUCGUCUAAGGAUUUGGCUUCUCGUUCGGAUGCUAGACCAGCUCGUCGUUUGGGGCCUUGUUUUAAGAUAAGUAGCCCAUUCUUUCUUGUUAUACCGGCUUUGUUUUUA